AUGCGUAGAUUGUGGCGAUGUCGUGGGUGUGUGCAGCUGUGGCUGAAUCUAUUGCUGGUGGACGUACAAAUCAAUUGCGCAUUCUCUGCAUCAACAAAUGAAAAUUUUACGACUAUACAUACUCAAUCGCUUGCGAGCGAAAACGGGGACGCUAUCCCUCCGGUGUUUUGCCUCGACGCAGGCGUGGAAAUUGCAUUUCCCCGCCAAGACGUAGAAAAUGCAAUGGAUAGUACUGUUUUAGCUUCCGCCGGGACUGCGUGUCUUCGUACCGCUCCCUUGAACGCUGUGAUGGGCCAUUUGAAGACAUCUUUAAGGACUCUAUCAAUUCACGAAGUAGACUGCGUUCUGGAGCCAUUGGACGUCGAGUCGUCUACCAUUGCGCUUUUAGGGAUUGUUUCAGUAUGCUUAAGAUCUAACAUGGAGAUCGAGAAUGACAUCAAGCGCUGGGGACAUGAAUCUAAGCGAAAGAUUGAUGAACUAUUUGCCUCUGACAAACAUAUCUCUUUGAACCAGAUCAAAGGCAUGGCACGACAAGUGUUGAUUUCUCCACCGUAUGCACUUCCAAAUAGUGGCAGUGGAUUACCUCAAUUUGUUUUGGAUGAAGUAUUGGUGUGGUCACGUACAGAAGAAGGAGAGACUUUUAAUGCAUCGAAUGACCAGACGUUCUUGACAUACGUUCAAAUGGUUGUGAAGAAUGACGGAACGACACCAUUGCAUAUAUUUCAGGUUACUAUAGCAAAAAAAAUACAAGGAUCCACUGAGCUUGACUUAUCGGUAUCCUUUGUAUUGCCACUGGUUGCGCCGGCAGUGAUACAGCCUGGAAAGUCCGAUGUGGUGUCGUUUAAAGCAAUAACUGACGUAGUCGUAGACUCUUCAAACAUAUAUUUGAUGUACAUUUCACACAGUGGCUUUCGAUCACACAUAUUCGAGGGAAGUUUGAAAGGAAAAACUUUUCUGUGGAGGGAAGAAAAUAUUCAAACUCAAGAUGAUCACGAAGUUUUCGAUCAAUUUUCUCUCAAUUCAGCUGGCAGCCGAGCUUUUUUCGCAGCAUUUCCCUAUGCGACCUGGCAAGUUGGAUUUAUGGCUCUUGCCAUGGCAGUUGGAAUAGUAGUUGUACUUUAUAUUCGCCGCAAGCGACCCAGUGUUCGUGUCGUGAGCCAUGUGGUUUUGAGCUGCUUUAGACUGCCGGGUAAAAAAAAGCUGAACAAGGAAAUAGGGGGUCGCACAUCAGCGAAGGCAACACCAAUUCGUGUAGCCAUCAGCCAGACUGAAGUAUCAAAAAGAGGGGGCAAUCACGUUGAGCUGGAAAGUUCUUCUAGGAAUCCGAAAGUCGCGAAAGCGUCGCCCUCCGAAAAUGCCAGCACCUCUAUAAAACUAUCGACUCCUGUCCACUCAAAGAUGCCUGCAAUUACAAUGAAUUGGAAAAAACCUUCGUCGCCACAUCAAAUCAUUAUUUCUAAAACGUUUGUGAAAUCCCCAAAGUCCAAGAAGCUAUUCUUGGAUCUUGAUUGUCGAGCCAGACUCCAUCCUAAGUGCUUUGAAAGCAUGUGGGAUGACUAUGCUGAAAGAUAUCAGGACGAGUUGUCAGACGUCAAGCAACCACACUCCGACAUUUUGAAAACACUAGAAACUAUUGGAAUCUCGUGCAUGGCGAGCGGAAACGUCAAUGGUUUAGAGAAGUUUGUUUUUUACGCGAAGCAACGGAAUUGCUCGUGGUUCUUCUUGCUGACACUAGACAUCACCGCAGCAACCAGAACUGCAAAACUUUCCCUGCGAGCUACCAGCGAUGCAACUGAGGAGCUUGUUACGCAACUGAUAUAUAUAGUCAAGGAUACAGUUAGUGAGUCUGCCGUAUCAUAA